AGGAGCAAUAUAGGCGCUUAGUAUCAAUUACACUGCUUAAUAUAAAAAUCCAGUGAAUAUUACUGUAGUGUUGACAAAAUUUUAUUAGCUUGAUAUAAACACAGCUUUUUAGAUUUGUAAAGGCCUAUUUCAAGUUGAACCCAAUAUAUAUAUUUAAUGAACUUAAUACUUGACCCAGCUACAUUACUUAGUUAAUUCACUAAUAGUACAUUGACUAAAACAUUGUGCUUUAUAUUAAAUAAACAUAAUAUAUACAUAGGCUAUAACAUUAGAUAGCCAAUAAUAAGUUAUUUUUGAAUUUUGUAUACUGUGACUUAUUACAUAGUGAAUUAAUUUGUUAAAACCAUUUGGAGGCCAUUAAAAAAAAUAUUAGAUGCCAUUAUAUAUAAUAUCUAUUUGUAUAAUACUUGAAAUGUUACCCAUAUUAACUUCUAAAUGUGCUAUAAAUUAGUAUAUUACUUUGCAGUAGUAUGCUUUAUUCUUGUGUCAUUGCUUUGUGCACACAAAAUACAGUGCAAUAUAGAUUAUAGAAAUUCAGUAAAAAUGUCAGUUUGUGCCUUUUCCCAAUAAUGAAGCACAUUUGAAAUAUAAUUCAAUAUAAGAGUGUUUUCUGGUCAUUGUUGGUUGAUGUAUUAUUUCAUUGGAUUUUUAAUUUCGUUUUCAAGUGUUAAAAUGACCCAUUUUUUCUAGACAUUUUUUUUAACUUGUUUUAGUUUUCGUACCCAAAAUCGGUUACUGUUUUGGUAUCAAUACAUAUUUGGGAAGUCUUUUUUCUUUUAAUGCAGUGAAUGUAAGAUGAAAGCUGUUAAAAAUCUUUAAAAGUUCUGAGAUUUUUGGUGUUUGAAGCAUUUAUCUUGCCGUUGCCAAGGGUAUAAUUUUUGUUAAAUUCUUUAUUUUACGGGUUAUUUUGGAGAACGUUCUUUAUUCUGUUAUUAAUUAAAUAGUAAAGCAUUUCCUAUCCCGUACUAUAUCUACAUCACUACACGUAACCUCUCUGCAUUACAUUGCAUUGUGGUGGAAUUAAAUUAUGCUGCUCAGCUGUUGUAUAUGCGUGUUGGGGGUUUCUGUUUGUGACCGUAUGACAUUUUUGCUUGUUUGCGUUCUGUUGCGCAAGUGAUAAUGUCAAUUAUAACUCUGCGGUGUUUUUUAGUCAUUAGAAUGGCAGAGGUAGAAAGUGUGACUGAAAAACUGAACCAGGUCGCUGUGGUUACCAAUGGAAAGGAUGAUUUCUGGGGCUUUCCGCUGUUUGAGGCCUACAAAAUGGCAAUAAAGUUUUACAAAGAUAAUGAAGGAAAACGAACGUUUGAGAUUGAAUAUGAUAACAAAGUGCUGCUGAUGGCUCUCACCAAGCAGGUCUCACAUGGACCAAUGAACCAACAAAGUUCUCUUCCCGAUAUUGGAUAUCUAGAUAUGUUUGGUCAUGACAGAAGGAAGGUGUGGGAAUCUUUGGGUGAUAUUUCCUCUAAUGAUGCUCGAAGAGCAUUUAUAGAAAAAUUAGAAAGCUGUGUACCCGUGUUUGGUCCUUUCAUGGUGGCUCAUCAAAAAGAAAAAGAAGAACAAGAGUUAAAACGAAAACAGAAAGAAGAUGAAGAGAGAAAAAAGCUGGAGGAAGAGGAAAAAGUGAAGCAGGAAGAGCAAAGAAAAGAAAAAGAAUUAGCUGAAAAAGCUGCGGAAGAGAACAAAUUAAAACAAGAUCAAAUCUUGCAAAAACAGCAGAUAAUGCAAGCAUUAAACGCACAGACACAUGCACAGUUCCAGCAAUACGCUGCUCAACAAUACCCAGGAAACCCAGAACAGCAAGCAGUUUUGAUCAGCCAUUUACAAGAACAACAUUACCAGCAGUACAUGAAGCUAUAUCAACAGCAACAACAACAACAACAACAACAAACACAAACUGAUUCAACAAAAGGGCAACAAGAGCAAAGACAAGAAGAAUUAGAAUCAACUGAAAGUGAAGCAGCUGGAUCAGAAGGUUCUGCUACUCCAGUGGAAGAUGCUUCAAUGUGGACAAGACCUCAGAUCACAGAGUUCAAGGAACAAAUUAAACGAGAUCCAGAGUCUGUACUGACUGUUGGCAGAGGAGAAGUUGUAACUGUGCGCGUGCCAACUCAUGAGGAAGGAGCGUAUGUGUUCUGGGAGUUUGCUACAGACUCAUAUGACCUUGGAUUUGGCGUUUACUUCGAAUGGACGGAUUCUGAAGAUCAACAAGUUUCUGUGCAAAUCGGGGAAAGCUCAGAUGAAGAAACAGACGAAGAACUUUCGGACCCAGAAAAAGGCUCGAACAGCCCACACCGCCCACCCACGGACGAAGUGGUGCCGAUCUACCGCCGUGAUGCACACCUUGAAGUACACGCUGGUUCACACCGUUACCCAGGUCGUGGGGUCUACCUGCUAAAAUUUGACAACAGUUACUCACUUUGGCGCUCGAAGACUUUAUACUAUCGUGUCUAUUAUACAAGAUGAUUAACAGUAAAGAGAUAAUGAGUUGCGCCUGCAGCCGAAAACGCGUGUCACUUUUCUUUGGCGUUGACAUUUUCUUGUUUUUCGAAAUUAUUCAUUAGCAACGUGCUAACACACGCAGCUACUAAAAUAUUGCUUAUUGUUGGUUAGGUUUUAUUUUAUUCUGCUUUCACAUCGUAUAUGAAGAAGGUAUGAGGUGUUGCGAGACACUGUAUAAAGUGUAGAUUAUGAGUGUAUAAGUUGGGCUUCCCGUUUAAAAACCCCGAGAAUGUGUACCUAUGUCUUACAUGAAGCACAUUUUAACCUAAAUGCAACUCUUGCAAAGUGGCGAAAUACCACGAAUUUUUCGCUGUAAUUACACACUCUAGCAAGACAAUCAACAGCGCAAAAUGUCACUGUCGGUGGUUAUGUGGUCAUGUGGUAUUCUGCAGUUUAGUCGUUGCUUCACUUCUCGUAGAUGCUUGGUCAGCAGUACUCUCAAAAGCUGUGAUGAUUGGGGCUAUCAGUUGUGUGCAAAUUUUCAUUUGUAAAUUACCAGUCAUAUUUAUUUUAUUGCUACUUCCUACUGUAUCCUGUACCGCAACUUUACUGGUGCGGUAAAACAGCUUGUUUUUAGCCAAUUCUAGUCGCAUUUAUCGCAUGUUAUUAUUAAUGUAUAUUAUUCGAUAUAUUUCUAACAUUAUCUUUUACUUUUUGUUGUCGCUUUCCGUGAUUUCAAGACUUGAACCUGCAUAUAAUUAGGACAUAUACCUUUAAAUUUAUCACAAAUGUUAAGUUCAAA